CUGUUCAAUGGAACGAUUGCGGACAAUAUCCGCUUUGGAAAACCGGACGCAACCAUGGAAGAGGUUAUGCAGGCGGCAAAAACCGCACAGGCAUAUGACUUCAUCAUGGAAAAGGAGCAUGGCUUUGAGGAAGAAAUCACCGAGGGAGCGACCAAUGUUUCCGGCGGGCAGAAGCAGCGUCUUUCCAUUGCCCGGGCGCUGGUGCGCAAGCCGGAUAUCUAUGUGUUUGAUGAUU